AUGGCCUCGAUCGACAGGCUUAGCGCCUUGCCGGACGAUAUCCUCUUUCAUAUUCUCUCUCUUCUCCCCUUCAAAACCUCUGUCUCCACCAGCGCCCUCGCCGCAAGAUGGAGGUUUCUAUGGUCUUCUGCCCCCAACAUACAACUCACCGAAGAUGAAUCGAAUUCGAUUCCGGAGUCGAUUUCCGAUCACGGAAAGUUCGUAGACGUGCUGACAAAGAUUUUGUCCCAAUGUAAAGCGCACAACGUGAACACACUUCGCCUCCAUAUGGAUUACUGCUACUGGCAUGAAUUUGAGCCGUGUCUUGAGAGCGCCUUCGUAUGCAGAGUGAAAAUUCUCGAUCUUACUAUGCGGUAUGACCCUGAAAUUUUGCCCCCUUGUGUGUUCACCUCCAAAACCCUAGUUGAUUUGAGGCUCAAUCUUUUCGAUAUUAAGAUAAAGAAUGUCACCGUGUGUUUACCAGCUCUCAAGAGGCUUCAUAUUGAGUUUGUUAGCAUUGACGGCUCCCUGGAAAACCUGAUUUCCGGUUGUCCGGUGCUUGAAGUGUUCACUGUUGAUUACUUCAUCCGAUGUGACGAAAAUGUGGUAUCCCAUUGCAUAUCUUCAUCCACUAUGAAGAGGUUGGUCCUCAAUUGUGAGUUCCCUUACAAGUUGAAGAUAGAUACUCCCGCGCUUAAUUAUCUAUUUUUACAUUAUAAUAUGCCCCAUAAUUUAUCUGUUGGGUCGAUGGACUCUUUGAUUGAAGCACACAUUGUUGUUGAUCGUCUCAAGCUAAUUGUGAACGAUGAUCUUUAUUCUCAUUCUCUGGUAGAGUUUGUGGGUAGGUUCUCUAGUGUAAAAGAAAUGAGCUUAUGUGCUUGGGGAGAGGUUCCUGACUUGACCUCUGUCGAUUUGAACAUAAAGUUUCACAAUUUAGCUAAACUCACUGUGGAAGGUGAUUUGCAUUUCAUCUCAUAUUUCGUGGAGAUGGCUAACAAGCUUGAAGUUCUUAAUGUCAGACAAUGUUCGGAAUGCGAGUCCGAACCCCUUGAAUUUCCUAAUUGCCUGCCAGCUAAUUUAAUUGUGGAGCUUCACAAUUUAACCAAACUCGAACUGCAAGUUGAUUGUUUUUUCCUCACAUAUUUUCUAGAGAAUGCCGAUAAACUUAAAGUCCUUAUUCUCCGCAAGCCUUUUAAUCGAGAACGCUGGUUGGCGAUACCCCUCCAAGUGCCUAAAUGCCUGUCAUCGCAUCUUAAAAUAGUACAAAUUCAUGAAUUGUACUGUACAGAGCAUGAACUCGACAUGGUUAGAUAUCUCUUGAAGAAUGCUAAAGUCCUGGAGAGAAUGGAACUACACUGCCUACCAGAAUCGAUUGGGAGAAUUUCAUCAUUUGAUCGAGGAUCUGAGAUUUGUGAGAUUUCCUUCAACGAAUAUAAACCGAACUAUAACAGACUUAGUUUUAACAUGACCUAG